AUGCCCCGAGAAAGGUCCGGAUCACAAUUGAACAGUAUCUUGCCAAUACCAAUAGAGCUCAAUGAUGGGGAAACCUUGGAGUCUCAUACAAAAGAUCAUUUGAGUCAUAUAACCGAUGUAUUAGUAGGCGAGUAUCAUUUGAUCAAAGGUGAGUGGGGGUCACAGUAUUUUGUGUGGCAAAUCAAAAUAACAUUAAACGACCAUGAAUUCUCAUCAAUUAUCCUAUAUAAGAGAUUUAGCGAGAUCUUGCAGUUUUAUAACGAUCUUGAGAAAUAUUACGAGGAAAACAAUGAAGCACAACAUAUUCCCACGCCACCAUCUAAGGACGUGAUGAGUCUUGAGCGAUUACUAAUGAGUAAGAGCUGGCUAGAAGAAAGACGAAGAGGACUUCAGUGGUUCUUGAGUAGAGUGUUGUUGGAUCCGGUUAUACAAAAGUGCCCUGUAACGAAGGAAUUUGUAUUGAGCUAG